UUGGCUUGGUGGCACCGUUAUUGUUCGUGCUCCUUGUUAUUGACACACGUUUUCUUUUUAAAUGUACUGUACUACGGUACGACUGACGCAAGCGUAUUGCUGCAUGUUGCUGGUAAACGAUCGUGCGCCUUUAAUUGAGGAUGUGUUGAACUGGCACUGAGCUUCACAUAAACUGGAGCACAGAGGAAGUGCUUGCUUGCGCAACAUACUCCGGCUGCCGGGCCAUUAAUAUUUAAAUAAUUAUUUCAGCCGAAGCAAAUGUAACUCUUCCCUUAUACAUCUUACCUGACCGGAGUGAUUAACUGGAACUGAGAUGCCGCUAUCAGCUGUGCUGGUCCCGCUACUCUAUAUGGUUUUAUCUGCUUGGCAGGCCAAUGCCAAUGAGGACUGCCUGUGGUAUGUGGACAAAAAUGGGACCUGGCACAAUGGCUUCGACUGCCCACUCAUCACCUUCUGCUGUGGAAACUGCCACCAUCGUUACUGCUGUCUUGAUAGGAUCAAGAUGAUCACAGAAAGUGGACAGAAACGCUGCAUGCUCUUUCAUCUUAGUCCCUCCACUAUAGCAGGUAUUGCUUCGUCCAUCCUACUCUUUGUGGCCGCCAUUGCCACCAUGGUCUGUUGCUUUAUGUGCUCAUGCUGCUACCUGUAUCAGCGGCACAGGCAACAUGGCAGGACAUCUUAUGAUUCCCAGCAGAUUCCUAUGGCCAGCUACCCUGUGGGGCCUAUGUACGAUGCUUAUGGUAAACCUAUUGGAAAUUUUGAGUACUCUGGAUAUGCAGUGGCACCUCAGUAUCCUGGUAUGCCUCAGCAGUGUCCCAGCUUCCCUCAGGUGCCAUACCCCCCAUGUCUUCCUGCCAGUCCAGGGCCCAGUCAAGAAGCGCCUCCACCAUAUUCUGCUUCAUAGCACCCAGAACCCAGGCCACUGAGAGAUCCUCCAGGAAGUGGAGCAUAAAAUGAGUUUGUGGCAUGGGGCCCUGCUCUUGAGGAAUCCUCAGAAUAAUCUGCAACACUUUAUAAAGUCAUAUUUAUUAUAUUUAUUUUUAAAUAAUCUCUGGAGUGAAGCAUGAAUGGCCUGGUUUUGCCUGUUAUUGGUAGUGUGAAGUGUAGAGAUGUUUCAUGUUACUGACUGGCGAAACAGGUUUCCCCCUAAAACACUCAACUUAUUUAGGAUUCACCUAUCCUCAGUUAACUUAAUUGUCUAGUUAUAAUAACGUUGGUACAUUACCAUUCAAAAAAUGUCUAGGAGUUAGCAAAAGAAUUAACAGACAAGGUUACUGGUUUUGGUUUCCAGCUUUGUGUUUUACUUAAUAAUUGUUAGUUUAUAAUUUAAUAAUAAUGAGGUGUAAAUUACAUGCAGCCUUUUCCUGCACCUACAGUUCAUGACAAGGAACCUAAUAUGCCCAUUUUGCUCUUGGAGUUCAAAUUUAACUUAACAGGGUAAAUGUAUUACUAUAUUAAACAUACUUACUGGUGUAUAGUCUACAAUACAUAAAAGUAGUCCUAAUAGCUUUUGGUUUUAAUGGUGUUCUCUUCAGACUUUGACAGUAGUAUAUCUGUUCUUUCAGUUUACUUUAACUGUAAUUUUGAUAAAUACUAAGAUUAAACAGGCUUUACUUUUUUUUAAAUGUUUAUUACACUAAAUGAGACAAAAAAAGGCAAAUUGGUGGUGAAUUGUUUGUUAUGGACUGAAAAGAAGUUGGUAGCAAGAAUCAGGAAUUUUUGUGAAAAUAUUUCUAAAACUUGUUAUGCUAAACCAACAUGAACUCAUUUGCAGUACCCCUUGAAUUAAACAUCUGUGGUACAGUGUGGGUAAAAACAUUGUGCAUUGUCAUUGUGCAUUGUUUAAGUUUCUUUUACUUUAAAGCCUCUGUCAACAUGGUUUCAAACUAACCAGUGGUCCAUUAAUUAAAUUGUUGCUAACUGUACAAUAUAUUGAUUAUAGAUGAAUCUGACAAAAACUGAUUAGAAUAGGGUAGUGCAGGUUGUCUCAGAGUGCACUGACACUGGCAUCUCCUCUGCAACAUAAACAACCUCACAGCAGUCUGGCGAAAAGAAGUUAAUAAUAACAAAUCAGGACAUUUGUGCAAUUCAUUAGUUCUUACAGAAUUAAUGAAUUAAAACAUAAUGAGGUGAUUUUUGUUAAAAGGACUAGUCAAUAACAUCACCACAGAAGCUUCAAAUUUUUGUGAACAUUUGAUAGUGUACAUUUUGAAGGACACAAAUAUGUAAUGACAGUAAUGACAGAAGAAUAACCAUUUCACUCCUGGAAUGAUGCACAACUUUACUGAGGUUAUAAAUUCUGAUGAGAGUUCUCAUGAAAUACUGACAUGUAAGUAUUGCAUAACUGAAUUUUUACAAUAAAAUAUUUGGUCUUUUA